AUGGAACUAAAGGCGGGCUUGAGGACGUGUCAGAAGCGACAAGCGUCGGGCAGUGUCGAGUGGGAAGGGGUACCUGGUGAGGGUGAGGGAGAGUUACCCACCGCAACGUGUGGCGACGGGCCGCAGGCUAGGAAUGAGCCCGUUGACAAGUGA